AUGGUUGAGCAAGGCGAUAGCUCGAGAACCACAGAUUUAGACACUUCUGAUGAUACACCUGAGCCGGCUUACGUGCCUCCCUCUCCUAGGCCACCACCAAUUCCAUCGUACACGAAGUAUCUCAAGGACAUCCUGACCAAGAAGAGGAUCGCUGAGAAAGAAAUUAUGGCGCUUACUGCCGAAUGCAGUGCUUUGAUCAAACACGACCUCCCGCUUAAGCGGUCUAAUCAAGGUAGCUUUUCAAUCCCUUGUAAAUUGGGUAAUGUUUCCAUCGAUCGUGCACUCUGUGAUUUAGGAGCUGGCGUCAGUCUUCUUCCAUUAUCGAUCUUCAAGAAGCUGAAUGUGGGUGAGCUGAAACCCACUAGAAUGAUUCUCCAACUUGCCGAUCGUUCUAUCAAAUACCCCACUGGGAUACUCGAGGAUGUGCUGCUGAAAGUCGGGAAUUUCUAUAUCCCGGUUGACUUUGUGGUUCUCGACAUGGACGAAGAUUCUAAGGUACCUAUCAUCCUUGGUCGUCCAUUCCUUAACACUGCAGAUGUUGUUAUCCAUGUUAGAGAAGGUAGACUAACAAUGGAGAUUGGUGAUGAGACGGUGGAGUUCACUUUGGACAAAAAUCUCAAACAACCGUCAUCAACAGAAUCUGCUUGCUUCAUAAACACACUCGACAAUUCAGCUCAGAAGUAUGAACCGAUCGUUUCGGGCCAGAAAACCGAUCGGUUUGAGCAUGAUCUCAAAGCCGAAAUUCUACAGAAAGUCGAACCGAUUGGUUCACGACCUUCAACCGAUCGUUUUGAAAACAGAGUUCAAAGCAAAAAGUUACAGAAACUCAAAUCGAUCGUGUCGCAUUGUGAAACCGAUCGGCUCGAGCACCCCUUUCGAGUUUCGAGUUACAGAACUUGGAACCGAUCGGUCCUACAUUCUCCAACCGAUCGGUUCAGACCCCAGCACGAUACAACGCCUCAUUUUCAUCUCGCAUGGGCGCUCAUGUCCUCUCUCACCCUGUUAAAGAGGACACUAGUCUAUCAGACCACCAUUCUCAUACACCUCUUGAUCCAGGUUGGCGAAAGAUCGAUAAUCUUCGCCUGUUAG